AUGGUGUUUAACGUGACUGUCAACAGUGCCUGGAGGGCAACGAGGACGCUGUGGCUGCUUAUGCUAGUGAGUCUGUCUGUGAGCAUAUGUGUUUGCCGAGCAUCUUCAAUUCAGGAGGAGGACAGUGCCAUGGAGAACAUCGUUACAGAGAAAAAGGUUGAGGAGAGCCACAGGCAAGACAGCGCGGACCUGCUCAUCUUCAUAAUGCUCCUCACCCUCACCAUCCUAACCAUCUGGUUGUUCAAACACCGGCGGUUUAGGUUUCUGCACGAAACUGGACUGGCGAUGAUUUAUGGUGUACUUGUUGGCGUGGUCUUGCGCUAUGGCAUCCAUGUUCCUCGGGACAUUAGCAACGUCACAAUGAGCUGCCACGUCAAUGCCAGCCCCGCCACUCUGCUGCUCAACAUCAGUGGGAAAUUCUACGAGUACACUCUGAAAGGAGAGAUCGGUGCCAACAAGGUGAACGAUGUGCAAGAAGAUAAUGAGAUGCUGCGAAAGGUGACCUUUGACCCUGAAGUGUUCUUCAAUAUUCUCCUUCCACCUAUCAUCUUCCAUGCUGGCUACAGCUUGAAAAGGAGACACUUUUUCCGUAACAUGGGAUCCAUCCUGGCUUAUGCCUUCCUGGGGACAGUUGUUUCCUGUUUUGUUAUUGGGUUGCUGAUGUACGGCUGUGUAUUGCUAAUGAAGCAGGUGGGACAGCUGGGUGGAGACUUCUUCUUUACUGAUUGUCUGUUCUUUGGAGCCAUUGUCUCUGCCACAGAUCCUGUGACGGUCCUGGCCAUCUUCAACGAGCUGCAGGUAGACGUUGAUCUGUACGCUUUGCUGUUUGGAGAGAGUGUGCUCAACGAUGCAGUGGCUGUGAUUCUGUCCUCGUCUAUAGUAGCGUACCAGCCACAGGGGGACAACAGUCACACCUUUGAGGUCAUGGCGUUGCUGAAGUCUUUCGGCAUGUUCCUUGGAGUUUUCAGCGGCUCCUUUGCUCUGGGAGUGGCCACCGGGGUCGUCACUGCGCUCGUGACCAAGUUCACUAAACUGAGGGAUUUCCCGCUGUUGGAGACGGCUCUGUUCUUCCUAAUGUCAUGGAGCACAUUCCUGCUGGCUGAGGCCUGUGGCUUCACAGGUGUGGUGGCGGUACUGUUCUGUGGAAUCACUCAGGCCCACUACACCUUCAACAACCUGUCUCCUGAUUCCCAGGACAGGACUAAACAGUUGUUUGAGCUGUUAAAUUUCCUGGCAGAGAACUUCAUUUUCUCCUACAUGGGUCUGGCCCUGUUCACCUUCCAGAACCAUGUCUUCAAUCCCAUGUUCAUCGUUGGAGCUUUUGUGGCAGUUUUCCUGGGAAGAGCUGCGAACAUCUACCCUCUCUCAUUACUUCUUAAUCUGGGACGACGCAACAAGAUCACAUCCAACUUCCAGCACAUGAUGAUGUUUGCGGGACUGCGAGGCGCAAUGACCUUCGCCCUGUCCAUCAGGGACACUGCGACAUACGCCCGUCAGAUGAUGUUUACCACCACUCUGCUCGUUGUCUUCUUUACUGUUUGGAUUUGUGGAGGUGGCACCACCCAGAUGCUGUCCUGCCAGCACAUACGAGUGGGAGUGGACUCUGAUCAAGAUAACCCUGUGAGUAUCACUGAAGGCUCCGAGAGAAGAAGCACCAAACAAGAAAGUGCCUGGCUUUUCAGAAUUUGGUACAACUUUGACCACAACUACCUGAAGCCCAUCCUGACUCACAGCGGCCCCCCUCUCACAGCCACGCUGCCUCCCUGCUGCGGCCCCCUCGCCCGCUUCCUCACCAGUGCUCAGGCCUAUGAGAAUGAGUGCCAGUUGAAGGAUGACGACUCUGACCUCAUCCUGACAGACGGUGACAUCAACCUGACCUACGGCGACAUCACAGUCAGUACAGAUGCCUCAGGUUCCCACACGAGCGGCGGCCCAGCCUUUGCUGGCGCUGCCACCUCCGAUGACUUGGACAGAGAGUUAACGUACGGAGAUCACGAGCUGGUGAUGAGGGGCACACGCCUGGUGCUGCCCAUGGAUGACUCUGAGCCGCCCUUUACGGACCCCCACUACCGCUUGCGGAUGUGAAGAUAGUCUUUUAACGCAGACCCAGACGUACCGUCCGAUUCAUACCGACCCGAGCCAUCGAGCAAAAGACCAGUACCUGACAUUCCUUCUUUCACUCCUUCACUUUGUUCACUUUUGCUCUCACCUCAUUCUUCUCUCGCUCCCCCCCCUCCCCUCCCCUCCCCGACACACACACACACACACACACACACACACACACACACACACACACACACACACACACACACACACACACACACACACACACACACACACACACACAUUUCCUUACUUCCCCUAGUGGCAAAUCACUGUCUCUACCUCAUUCUCCUCGCUCUACUCGUUUCCACACCUUUCUGGCAUCUGCCAUAAUUGUAAUAUAGUCUUAUUUAUUUACUUUUUUUUUAAUUCAAUUUCACUUAGUUUGGCUUAAAGCUGCGUGUCAGUCACCUUACUGUAGCAUUGCACAGAGGUCGAGCAGCAUGUGUUAGUGUGUAAAUGCAAGUAGCAACGACUAGCUAAUUUGUCGAUGUACAGUAUAUCACUAGAGUACUAUAACUUUGAUUUGCAUGCUGAGGAUGCUUGGUGUUUUCUUCGUAUGGGAGGUUGAGGGCUUUUGUGUUUUGGGUCUGACUUUGAAUGUUGCUGCCUUUUCUCUGCCCAUCAGAGGCAUGCUGACCCAGUGGACAACUUUACUGUACAUUUUUGUUACAAUCAAGUGCCUGGGAAUUGUAAUUUUAAGCCUGGCAACCCAUACUGGAUCAGCUCUUGAAAGCAGAGCCAGUUCAGGAUGGGCAAUCAUGCAGUUGUAGUUUUACUUUGUAAAAAAAGAACAAAAUAUACAAAAACAACUAAACCGACCCCUCUGUCCAUAAGGUAGCAAUAUACUCAGUGGGUGUUUGGGCUGUUAGUUUGUGCUAUUCGCCUGUAAAUAGUGUGUAACAAUGUGAUGUCACUGAUGCAGUGUAACCUGGCAGUGAGAGUUGUGGAUCUCUCCCAAUGACCUUUGACUGUGACAUAGAGAGGGACUUUACACCUUAUUGUAGAAGCUGAUGUCGCUCACGGCAGAAGGAAGGGCUUUUGUUCCAAAAAGGAGAUCCAAGUGAGUUUUAUCAGAAUGAGAUUAGUGCCAUUUUUGUUCUGCAUUUUGACAUUUUGUGAAAACUGAAUGCAGACAACCUUAAAGUGUUUUGUAUUAUUUUUGCAACAGAGCUUAAUUACUUAAAGCUGAGUCACAUUUGUCAUACACAUUUAGCUUUGUGUGUACAGUUUCUAUAACAUUCGUGCAUUAUUGUCGAGACUUUGGAUGAAAUAUUUCGCAUUAAAUGAACCUGAAGAACACACAUAGAUACAUGAAUUUGGCACUAAAGAAGUUUAUUGGUCAGAAUUAAGAGUAUAAUUUUGGCAAAUCAGAGAAUUGAUUAUCUCUCUUAUGAUUUUAUUAGGGCUGCAGACAAUUAUUUUUAUCAUCAAUUAAUCUGACAGCUAUUUUUUGUAGUAUAGAUCAAAUUGAUUAAUCAUUUGAUAUAUACAGUGUAACAUGCACAUCACAAAUAUCUUGUUUUGUCUGAUCAACAGUUGAAAACCCAAAGAUAUUCAAUUAAUAUAAAAUAAAUAAAAAAAAGCAUAUAUUUACAUUUGAGAAGCUGGACACGGUGAAUGUGAGGCAUUUUUGCUUAAAAAAUGACUUAAACGAUUAGUUGAUUAUCAAAAUUGCUUGUCGAUUGAACCAUUAAACCACUAAACCAUUAAUCGACUGAUUAUUGCAGCCCUGGAUUUUAUACAAGGAAGUCCAUAAAAUCAGUGAAUAAGACAGGAAAGGCGACCUGAUGAUUAUUCUAAUCAUUUCAUCUCUGAUAUGAGCAGGAUGUUUGCACUGUGGCAGUUCAACAUUAUGAGAACUGCCAGAAUAGAACAACAGUAGUUGUUGAAAUGCUGGAUGUUUUUCUCUGCUGUACACAACAAUGUUCUUGAGGGUUAAUGGUUUGAUGGUUAAAGAGAAGUAUACUAACAUUAAUUCAGUAUAUACUAGCUUUAAGAUGCAUUAAGUCAUAAAAAAUACUAGUAAAGGGGUACCCAUUGAUGGAUGUGUUACAUUUAAACAUGUAGUCUUAUGUCAGUGUGGGUGCACAAGAAGAACGGAAGAGUUUUGUGAGCUGAGUAUAGCAGCGGGUUUAACAGGAAGCGCUGAUAGGGUCUCACCAUGGCAACGCUGUGUUGAUGAGGACAGAAGCCGGAAAACACUCCGAACACGGUGACUUUGUUGAACACCAUUGUUUUGCGGUUCAUCGUCUUGGUGAACUGAAGAAAAAAAUAAUUAGGUGUAUGCAAAAUGGAUGCAAGAGGAUUAUAAUAUGGUUUCAGAAAAGAGUGAAAGAAAGAGAUGAUAAAAGACAGAAAUGGAAGAUGGGUAGUUAGGCCUGUUUGUGUGUGUUUGUGUGUUGGGGACGAUACAGAGGUGGAAGGAAGUGCAGGCUUUCCACUGUUUAUCUUCUGCUGUGCAGGAACUUCUAAUUGAAAGUGUUUACAUUGUUUUUUCAAUCAGGCAUGCCUCUGGACACCACUAUGUCCAGGAAAUGAUUUAUUCUUUCCACCAUUUUAUGCUUUUCAUUUGUGCUAUUAUUGAUUUUAUUUUGUGAAAGGGAAACGAUGAAGUCAAAAAUAAAAGUUGAAGAAUUUGCACAUAUCCAUUAGGAAUGUUUUAUUUUUGCUGUAAUGUUUUAUCUAGCAGCUGCUUUUAUAUUAUUUCCCUUUAUGUUUUGGAAGGUCAAAGGAAAAAUUAACAUCAGUUUGUUAAUCAUCUUGAAUGAAUGUUCAGUAGAAGUCAAGUUGGUUCAUUGAUAUUUCUUGUAAAUAAUUAUGUCCACAUUGCAGUGGCAGCCGAGAUGAUUAAAAGUCUUUUCUUA